UCCUCCUGUUUUAUCAUAGAGGCGCUGUAAACACAGCACUUUAUAGAUACGUAAACAGCAAGGACUUUCUAACCUUAAGAAAUGUUAAGUUUUGUAUCUUAACAUUUAAUAACAUUUUUAAUAUGGAGCAGUAACUUUAAUCUUUCUAUUAUAGACGAUUAAUUAUAAUAUAAAUAAAUCGAGAUUCUGAUAAAAAAUUUGUAGAAAAUAAUUAUCAAGAUCCCAUCAUGGAUGUAAGUGCGUUGUUCAAAGCCAGUGUGAAGACUGUGAAUCUGUGUAACAAGGAACUCGGUGUGUUGACAAACAACAAAUUAAAAAAGCCAAAAACAAAAAGUGCUUUUAGCAUGAAAGUGCAGUCAGUGGUCACACAGAUUUUCAAAUUACGUGAAUUCCUACUCGAAAAUCGCAAAGCCUAUCUGAACUUUUCCAACUAUUUGUCCAGUACACCGCACAUGACUGACACAGAGCGUGAUGAAAUUGACAUUGGCGCGCAACAGAUAAUGACCACUUGCUCGCAGCUCGUGAAGGAUUUAAAAAGAGAGAUCGGGACGUCUAUGGAAGUCUCACAGCAGAACAUCGAACAUCGUGAGAUCAUGCUGUUGUUGAUAGAAGAUUAUCUGAAGAACGUAUGCAAGAUCUACUCGGAGCAGAAAGCGAUGCGCGUAAAACGUACGAUUGAGAUGCGGCGAAUUGCCAAAUUGCAGGCAGAUACAAAGUCUGUGAAUAAACUGUCAACAAUGACAACAAAGAAGACAGAUUCAAACGAAGAAAAAUCGACAAACGAUUAUUACGGUAAAAACGAUUCGAACGGGUCCAAUUUGAUGAAGAUUGAAGAAGUCAAUGGAGACGUUAGCACGUUGGCGUAUGAAGAAGAACUGUCGACCGAAGACAUUCAAAUGUUUGAAUCAGAGAACGAGCAAUUGUAUAAUGAGCUAAGUUCUGUGGCAGAGGAAGUCAGACAAAUUGAAAGCAAGGUGGUACACAUCGCCGAGUUGCAGGAAAUCUUCACGGAAAAAGUUCUAGAUCAGGAUAAAGACUUAGACAAACUAAUGACUACUGUAGUUGGUUCAACGGAGAAUGUAAAGGAAGCGAACGAACAGAUUCGGCAAGCGAUGAGACGAAACGCCGGGUUUAGAGCAUGGACCCUCUUCUUUGUUGUUGUGAUGGCGUUCUCGCUCUUGUUCCUUGAUUGGUAUAAUCCCUAAAAAAUUUUUUAGUUUGUUUUUGAAAAACAAAAAAUAGGAUAUCUAUUAUGUAUCUUUUCGAGUUUUUGAUCAUGAUUUCGUUCAAAUCUCUUUGAUCUAUUGUGAAUUUUAUAUAAAUGGAUGUAUGUAUAAUUUAUAUAUAUACAUUAUAAUUAAAUAUAUGUAUAUAUAUAAUUUAGAUACUAUCUUUGUUAUAUAAAUGUAUAUUUGUAUAUUCACUACUGUGCAUUACUGUCUUCCUUUUUGUGAAAAAAAUAGGAGGUUCUCUCUGUCUGGUAACAAUGCGCGUAGAAAAAGAAGCUCUCUACAUCUUUUUUUACUUUUUUUUUAUUAUUUCGAUCAAAAUCGACAUUUUAAUUGCUUUGAAAGUGUCGAAAAGAAUCCGAUAGUGUUUUGGAUUAUUUCCGACAUGAUUGUCACAUUUUUCCGAUGUUACUAUAGGUAUGUAGAUAAAGCAGUAAAAAACAAAACGAAAUCAUUUUGAUUGGAUAUGAGUCCGACAAGGUAUAUAAUAGCGAUCCUCAGAGAUGUAUAUUUAUAAAACAAUGUUUAUAAAGAAUUUUAGUCUUUAACUAUUAUUGAUAAGAUUCAUGAUAUACUGCAAUUGUUGUUAGUUUUGUCGAAAGAAAAUAAAUUGUGAUCAAAAGGAAAGAAAAAAGAGAAAGAAGAACACGUUUGCCAAAAUAUUUCACUUUAUAUUUUACUCCCACAGAAACAUCAUUUAUAGUAUAUUUAUAAUUUACAAUCAAGUCCCCGGCUAUUUGCGUUUUUCAUAAAGUCUUUUUUUUUUUUUCUUAUACAUUAUCCCACUGUUUUGCAUUUACUGACGUUGAAACUAUAUGAAAGAUGGAAAAAACGUCACGUCAUAUUUAUAUACUGUGGACUUAUGAUUUUCACUCUAAUAUAUUUAUGUAUAAUAUGGAAAAAGCAGACGAAAAAGAAAAACGCAAAACCAAACGGACACUUGAUUGCAAUUAAAUUUGUAUUACAUAUAUAUAAAACUUAUUCUAUCACCAUUUAUACA